CAUCAGAUGGUAUUGCCUAAACGCAUGCCGAAGAGAAUCUAAUCUAUCAAUACUUAUUUAAUUCUUUUCAUAUUGUAAUAAGUAAGGAUGUGAAGUGGAGGAAUGAAAAAUUUGCUACGUAAACUUACAGAAUCGUCAAGAGCCGAGUUCUAGUUUAUUGUAGCUCUCUGGUAACCUUAUCCCUUAGUCCUCCCUCAGUGUUUUUAUCGUUUAUCAGUGACAAUGUUUAAGUUAUCAGACGUGCAAAAAUUUGUCGAGGAUCUUGAAGAUGAAACUCAGGAUGCAGUGCAAAAAUUCUGCAAUAAAGGCAAUUACUUCCGCAAAUUCAUCCAAGUGUUACAAGAUGAAGAAGUCGCUCAGAAGGUGCAAGACGCGGGUCUCGUUUUGUCAGCUGUCACUCCUUUCAUCGUUCGAUCUCAGUCAGACCUGCCAAAUCUGGAGCAAGAUGCCAUUGAAGUGAGUCAAGAACUAGUAUCCAGUCAUCUAAAGAUAAUUGAAAAACUUUUGAGCAGUGAUAAAAAAUUUUCAGUGAUUGCUCUGAAACUUCUAACCGCAAUCGUAACUAUAAAUUAUGAUCUUGCAAAAGAGAUUCUUUUGGAACUUCAAAUAACAGGGGACACGAUGGACAACUUAGCGUCCAAUCAAAAAGUGCGGCCAUUUUUUAUAGAAUUCAUUCUGAGUUUUAUCCGAAAGAAUAGCUCAGCUUUGUUUUCCCUUCUUGUUAGCAAACCAAAAAAUAUGUUCAAUACUAUCAUUGUGGGACUGGUUGUUGACGAAUGCGAGGAUGUUGUCAAGUUUUUAUCAACUGUUGAAAACUUUCUCAAAACAGUGCAAUUGGCUGAUAAUUUGAAGCUCAACGCCUUUCAGUCAUCAACUUUAGCCCACUUAGCUGAGUUAUAUAAAUGGCAAGGCCCGCCUGGUUUCAAAAAAUUCUUUAAGCCUGUCAAGACAGUCAAAAAAGCCAAACUUGAUCCGGUUGGCGAAGUUGACGAAAAUGAAAAAGGAUUGGUUCGUUCAAAAGCUCAUGAAUUCCUAGAACUUUUGUGCACCUCUGAGCAGUAUGGUAUCGUAACCUCUGAUUUAGUUUUCAAAGCUGCUGUUGAUCAAACCAAUGGAUAUUUGAUUAAUUUUUUGAAAAAUAAGGUAUUGGAUAAUGUAUGGACAGAUGAACUACAAGCGAAUCUCCUUACCAAAACCCUCACUGUCUCGCCAAAUUUACUAGAAACGGUUUUCCACAAAGUCUCUGUUUCAUCAACACAAGUGUCACUACUUAUUAAAAUAGUGCAUCAGAUCGUAGAAAACUCAAAAUGCUAUGGAAACAGCCUUCGGUUAGAGAACUACCCUGAAGUAACUCUGAAGUUGUGUUUACCUCAAUGCUUAUGCAGCUCGAUUAAGGACGCCCUCGACAGCAGUGAUACUAUGUUAUGCUAUGCAACUAUAAAUUUUCUCAUCGCUUGUAUGAAGAAGCUAAAUGAAUACAUUGAGUUACAUUCCAACCGACAUGGAACUCGUAACAUCAGCAAUCACUUUACUAAUUACAUUCAGAAGAAUGUAGCUUCAGCAGAACUACUUAGCUCUAUUUGGACGAAAGAAAUUGAUUUUCGAACUGUUAUAGCUGAAGAUGGUAGAAAGUUAACCGAAGAAAUGUACCUUUCAUCCUUAGCUGAACUUUUAAUACUGUUCUCUGAUCUUUCAUCUUCAUUUGCGGAUAAGAUACGCCAACACUUUGCGGAGGUUUCUUACGAUUCAUGUCUCUUUUUCUCUGCUGCUCCUUUCCUGAAGGUGUUUUCUUUGCUGAUUUACCUCAACAAGAUCGAUGUCAAUCAGGUUGAAUUCCGCCAUGGCUUGCAGCGAGUGAUCGUAAUAAUGAUUUCUGAAAAAAAUUUAGAGGCAAAGCAAUUGUUCUACAAGUUAAUGAUAAAUUCAAGGCUUGUUAAUGGUGAUGAACACGAGCUUGCGACCUGGGUCCACAGUUUUUCUACCGUCGGAUCUGGUCAUGCUGAAAAAGUUGCAGAGUUGUUCGCUUUAGCUGUCGAAUACUUGGCCAAUGAAUCAAGUGAGCUUGUCAAAGUGAGUGACGAACUUGAUGAAAGUUCUCAAAAGCAUUUGACAGCAGAAGAAAACAUUGAAGAGUUUAUUAACAAAGUAACUCAUGGAUUAAUAGAUCUGACCCUCUUUGCCUCCAGCUCAACGCGUGUGAACAUCAGCCUAUUGUUCCUGGCUUUCCUGAAGAACUUUGCAAGUGAUGAUCGUAAAAUGAAUAGUGCUGUUGCUAAAUCUGUGAACAAAUUUCUAGUUAAUCUGAUCGUUCAUGCUUUUCACUCACAGACCAACCUGGAAGGUUUUUGUUUGCUUGUGAGCAAGGACACAUACCAAGACAUUAUUCCAGGAGAAUUAAAAAAAUACACAAAGUCAUGGCUAUCCAAAAAACCCAGCAAAAGUCUCAAGUCACUGCAUUUGUGUGGGUUUGACGACACAUCCCUGGAGGCACAAUUACUGCAACUCGCAGUCUCUCCGAACGCCAGUCAGCAAAAAGCUCUUCUUGAAUCUCUUAAUCAGACCUCCCCUGAACAUCUCACUCUUCUCUUUCGAUUUUGUAUCUUCAUCGCCGCACAAAAUAUCAUUCAGGGUUCUUCCUCAGCCCCUCUAGCCGAAUGUCUCUCUUCGAUCAUUCUUUUUAUCUUGAAGUGCCUGCCAAACACUUCAGCAGAGCCAUGUGUGCAGUUUAUGUUAACACAUCCAACUAUACUGGAAUCGUUUUUACCCCUGGAUGUGUCAAAUGAGUCAAAGAACAGUGUAGCAAUAGUGCUUCCCAUUUUAAUGGAAGUGCAACCUCUAAUACCAAACAAGGCUUUAGCUCCAUAUAAGUUACGAUUUCUGAAGCAGCUUAAGUGUCAAAUUGAGGAUAAAAAUGAGUUGAAGGGUAGUAAGAAAGUGGUAUCAGAGGUGACAGGAUGUUUGAAACUGUCAGACAAAGAGGCAGCGGAGGUGAUAGACCAGAUUUUUAAGAAUUUUGAAUCAUUGACAGAUACAUGGAAUGACAUAGUGGCGCAGUUGUUGGAAAUCAUCAGUCAAAGCAGACUUAAUGAGCCUUUGCCUAGUCAUCUGGUGGCUGCACUCUGUUCUCGGCUUCCGAACAAGCGACUCCAGCAAGCAUUGACAUCAUACAUCAAUGGAUUCCCUCACAGCAUCGAAUUUAUUCCACCAGAAUUUAUCAACAAGUUAUUGAAAUUGAAAGAAAUCUCGCCUUUAGCUCUUCUGUUGUUUUCUCACAAUCCCUCAUUUAUAGAAACGGUGAUUAAGGACUGGGAAAGCAUAAAAAGCAAACCAACCGUGAUUUUUCCAAUUCUAACAGCUGUUAGCGGCAACACUGACCUUCAAGAUGAAAUUUUGAAAGAAGUAACUCAAAGCCAUCUUUCCUGUCUCUCGACUCAUGUAUUGUCACCUCCGGCCUGGUUUCUAGAGAACAAUCAAAUUGGGUCUCAACUUCUUUACAGAUUCAUUGAUGGGUGAUUUAAUUGAGCCAGACAACCAAAUUUACGACCCAGCGUUUUUGAUUCCUGUACUGAAUAGCAUCCUGGCCACAGAAUCUCCUGUCCGAUGGUUUCAAAUCACCAGAAGUCGUGCAAUCUCCAUCGUAUUUGCAUCCUUGGCAUUGGAAGACCCUGUCCUUAGAAACACCGCCUAUCUCACUUUGUCCAAGUUUUACCAGCUGUUGGAAACGGGCGAAAAAUCCCGUGCAUUAUGGAUUCAGUUUCUGGACAUUAUUCGCAAUGGAAUAGCUGAUGCAGGACUCAAUCAGUCUAAUACAACGCCACAACUCUCAUCAGUUAUCACAACAUUUCUAGCCAGAACUGCUAUUACGUUAAUUGAACCCUCAGGGCCAAAUUUCAAACCUCUAGUAUCAUUUGUUACUGUGAAACCAACUUUACGACUGAAUCAAGUGCCUGAAUUCCUCAUCUUAUUUUUCUCAGCUGACAAAGACACCAAGUUACAUAGGAAAUUUAUUUUGGAAGUGAUGAGAGAUGGCAUUAGGAAUGAGGCUGAUUGGAAACUUUGUCAAAGUUAUGUUUUUAAAAUUAUACUCACUUUUUACUCUUCAUCAUUAGCUGACGAUGAAACAAAGGAGUUGAUCCUUGAAGUGAUGAAAUCCGUAGUGAAAAUUCAAAACGCAGCUAUUUAUAUGGCCACAAGCUAUGGUUUCAUGUCCUGGCUGAGCCACGAAAUUCGGACAUUGCAAGGACCCACUGCAAAAUGUGUUGCAUUAUUGACUGAGAUACUGAGCAUUUUAGGUGCCAACUUGCCAGUCCGGUAUUCAGGAUCUGUUCUCAACCUCUUAUUAUUUUUGGCUGAGAAUGUCACCUCUCUAAACAGUCAUUAUCUAUCCAUGUUCAUCUCGUCUCUCCGAUUCACCAGCCGGAAAGCAAGGAUGUUGAUCAAGUCAAAAACUCUAUCCAGCUUACUCACAAAAAUCGCCACAAAAAUCUCACCCAGUACCCACCAAACAUGCCAGUAUUUCCUGAAGUACGGCACCAAAUAUUCUCCUAGUGUAAGUGUAGAAGAUUCAGAGAGCGUUGACCAAAAUUUAAUGGCUCUAUUUGUUGAUUAUUUGUAAGAGAUCUCUGCCUCUCUUAUUUAUCACUUGAGUUAGUACGUCAGCUUCGACAGAUUAUGAGCAGAAUUUACAAAACCAGCAAAA